ACCGUCGCGCUCCGCUCCCAUUUUUGGAUGGAUUCCGUUGGUAUAAAUCGCGCCCCGCUGGGUUCCGCCGCUGCCGCCGCUGUGUCAGCCCGUUUGCGCCCUGCUCGUCGCGCCAUUGCGCCCGUGAACCGUGCGGCGGCAAUCGCCUUCGGCGACGCGUCUGGGCUUACAGCGUGUUCUGAAAAGUUUGGGCGAUUUGGAUUUGGACGAAGCAUCACGUCGCGAGCUCAGAGCGGGAACGCUGGGAGAAGCAUGACCGAGGAAAGAGAAUGUACAAUGGCUGAUACUGAAAUGCCGUUGAAAUAUUCAUCUGGUAAAGCCUUUCCAUUAGGAGUGUCUCAAGUUGAAGGCACGCUUAACUUCGCAAUUUUCUCUCAGCAUGCUUCUUCUGUCAUUCUCUGGUUAAAGCUUCCUGGGAGGGGAACUGAAGAUGAGAAAGAUGUUGUUGAGUUUGUUUUAGACCGGCAGAGGAACAAAACUGGAGAUAUAUGGCAUGUGUUAGUGGAGGGCUUGCCUGCUUCAGGUGUUCUUUAUGGGUAUCGUGUUGAUGGCCCUCAAGGAUGGGACCAAGGCCAUAGAUUUGAUAACAGUGCUAUUCUUCUGGACCCCUAUGCAAAAUUAGUUUCUGGUCGAAAAUACUUUGGAAUUGCUGAAGAGGAGUCAACUCAGUCAUUUGGAACAUAUGAUUUUGAUAGCUCUCCUUUUGACUGGGGCGAUAACUACCAGCUUCCGAAUUUGCCUGAGACAGAUCUAGUCAUAUAUGAAAUGAAUGUCCGUGCUUUCACUGCCGAUGAGUCUAGUGGUCUUGAUUCAGCUGUUCGUGGAAGCUAUCUUGGUGUCAUUGAUAAAAUCCCUCAUUUGCUGGAACUUGGCGUUAAUGCAGUGGAACUACUUCCUGUUUUUGAGUAUGAUGAGCUCGAAUUCAAGAGGUACCCCAACCCAAGGGACCACAUGGUCAAUACAUGGGGCUAUUCUACGAUAAACUUUUUUGCACCCAUGAGUCGUUAUGCUAGCGCUGGUGGUGGACCAGUGGCUGCUUCCAAAGAGCUCAAGCAGAUGGUCAAAGAAUUGCAUAAUGCUGGCAUAGAGGUUAUUCUGGAUGUUGUUUACAACCAUACAAAUGAGGCCGAUGAUGCUAACCCAUAUAUGACUUCUUUUCGUGGCAUUGAUAACAAGGUCUAUUAUAUGUUAGAUCUGAAAAAAAAUGCUGAACUACUGAACUUCUCAGGCUGCGGGAAUACACUGAACUGCAAUCAUCCUGUUGUCAAGGAGCUCAUACUUGACAGCUUAAGACACUGGGUUGAGGAGUAUCACAUCGAUGGAUUUCGAUUUGAUCUUGCAAGCGUUCUUUGUCGUGGACCAGAUGGCUGCCCUCUUGAUGCACCUCCACUCAUCAAGGAAAUUGCUAAAGAUGCUGUAUUGUCUAGAUGCAAGAUCAUUGCUGAACCUUGGGAUUGCGGCGGCCUUUAUCUUGUAGGGCAUUUCCCUAACUGGGACAGGUGGGCUGAAUGGAAUGGGCAGUACAGAGAUGAUAUUCGAAGAUUUAUUAAGGGUGACCCUGGUAUGAAGGGGGUGUUUGCAAGUCGUGUGUCUGGAUCUGCCGAUCUCUUUCAGGUGAAUAAUCGGAAGCCUCACCAUAGUGUAAAUUUUGUGAUUGCACAUGAUGGAUUUACAUUAUAUGACCUUGUUUCAUACAACUUCAAGCACAAUGAUGCUAAUGGAGAAGGUGGCCGUGAUGGAUGCAAUGACAACUUUAGCUGGAACUGUGGUGUUGAAGGGGAAACAAAUGAUCUGAAUGUUUUAAGUCUGCGUUCAAGACAAAUGAAGAACUUCCAUGUAGCUUUAAUGAUUUCUCAGGGCACCCCAAUGAUGCUGAUGGGCGAUGAAUAUGGUCAUACACGUUAUGGAAACAACAAUAGCUAUGGACAUGAUACUUGCAUCAAUCAUUUCCAGUGGGAACAGUUGGAACAAAGAGAUGGCCAUUUCAGGUUUUUCUCAGAGAUGAUAAAGUUUCGUCACAGCAACCCAAUACUCCGACGAGACAGUUUUCUUAAUAAAAAUGAUGUCACCUGGCACGAGGGUUGUUGGGAGAACCAGGAAAGCAAAUUUUUGGCAUUCACAGUACAUGAUCACAACUCCAGUGGAGACAUCUAUUUGGCAUUCAAUGCGCAUGAUUUUUUUGUGGACGCUGUAAUACCCCCGCCACCGCACCAUAAAUGUUGGAAUCGCGUGGUGGAUACCAACCUGGAAUCACCGAAUGAUAUAGUACCAGAAGGGGUGCCAUUUAAAGGAUCAAAAUACAGAAUUGCUCCAUUCUCUUCCAUUCUGCUUAAGGCAAAUCCUUAGAAUGGUGCAGGCAAGUUAAUAUGAAGAGAGCAUAAAAAUAAUGUCAGGGCUGGCUUCAUUGGUUAAAAGAUACGAUCAACCGUGUUCAUAACCAACCAUGCUGCAGCCAGGAGACGAUUGAACCCUAUGAAAAUAAACCAGUUGGACUCACAGUAGCAGUCUACACUUCAAAAAAAGCAACCAGUGUAAAGAAAUGUAAUAACAACUGCCUGAUCAUAGUUGGCUACGGCAGAUGAGGGGACGUUUGGAAUUCAGGAAUUUCUUCCGGUUACUGUAGCACGUAGGAAUGGGUUAGGGCUUAGGGUCCUUUGGGGGCAAAAAAAAACUCGAAGUGUCCAGUUUCAUGUGAGUAUGACCUGGCUAUGGUUAUCAGCUAUGAAGGUCCUGUUUCAUAAUGUUCCAUC